AGUCUUUAGAAAAAGUCCAGACAGUCAGGUUACGGCUUUCAAAAGUACUCACAGGGCGGUGCCGGUCUCCACGACUCCAACGAUGCUGUUUCGGACCACUACAGACGAGCCUUGUCGCCCUCCAUCAACGAUACGCGCACCAACUCGCUCAAUGUGUCGUCUCAAGCCGCGGCAGCUGCGAUUAUGGCCCAUCCUCCGACCAAAGUUCAGUACAUCUACAAACCUAUCGAGCCACAACUGCGAACCAUGUCGAUGACCUCGUCUCCGUACAGUCAGCGGGUGACCGAUCGAGGCAGCCCCAGCGGACGUUCUAACUCUAUGAUGGGCUUGCGAACCAUGUCGCUUUCCAACUCCCAUACUGGUCUAAGAGGUCCCAACCCCGCCCACAAUGCUCCGAUCAACGGCGUCCCUCGAACUUCCUCCAUACUUUCCGACUCAAGUCCCAGAGGUAACAAAAGCUCUUCCCUUAUCAAUAACGCUAGUACUCUUCGCAAGCCCUCUCUCACUAAUGUCACACCUCUACGUAAUUCAUCGCUCACCAAUUCGAUAACAGGACGUAAUCGCCUUGGAGCCGUUCGUGCUAAUUCGCUCUCGUCUCUCAACUCGAACGGGUCUGCCGGUGGUAAGUACAUUGUCAAGACCACCAAAACUACCGAUGGGCAAGGAAGAACCACCUCUAUCACAAAGAAGACGAUGCAGCAGCUUCCUAACGGUUCUGUCAGUGUGCUUAAAACCGAAACAACCACGUUCGAGCACAUUGAAGAGGAGGAAGAAGUGUUUGAUGAAUACAAUUUCGGAGAGGAUUUUGAUGGGAGUUAUGACCAAGAUACGUACGUUCCCGAGGGCUAUGCUCAGGACGACUACGAGUAUGACACCCACACCCCUCAGUUGCUGCCAGUCCGGGCAUUCCAACAGCUUCUGCCACUUCUCAACCUGCCUCCGCGACCGUUGGCCGACUUGUCUGAAGUUUCAGAAGAGGAAGUGGUUGUCCCAAGGAUUCGUCGUACCCCGGAAAAUACCAACGGUUUAAUCAUCGCUGGUGGGCACCAUGUUCCGUCGCAUAAAAGCUUGAUCCCGGUUAAAUCCAUCUUGAAGAAACCGGAGCCUGUCUUAGAAGAGAGCCCAAAUAUCGUCCCUAAUGGGGUCUUUAAGGCCAAGGAGGUUGCUACGUCGCCUGUUCCGCAAACUGUUCUGGACAAAGUAGAUGGAAAUAAAGUGGCUCCAUAUGCCUCCUUGGGUGAGCCAAAUCCCAAAUCUCGUUCCAAUGAUACUGACUCGACUUUGACAGAACCUAACGAUUCUGUUCCAAAUGUUAAGGCUCAGACUGAAAUGACAGCGGCCAACUUCUCUCUGCCAGCCUCUCCGUUGCUCGAGAAUUCUUUCCCUGGUGCUCUCCGGGACAGAGACGUGCCAUGCUCUAGCCGCCUGUCGUCUAUGAGUUCUGAAUUUGCCGAUGCCUUGGAGGAACCAGCCAAGUAUCAACCUACUUUGCAGGUUCCCGAAGCUGUUCUUCGUACCGGCUCUAUAGAUGGCAGCAGUUCGGUAGAGAGUCUGACGUACAAAAGAUCUGAAUCGACACCGCCUUCCGGUGACGAGGCAACUGCCCUUUCUAAAAAGCAAGACAAAGAAGAGCUCAAAAAAACAGUAAAGAAAGCUCAUUCUGACGGGACAGAGAAGCUUGACGUGCCAUCUGAACCUUCUUUGUCACGACGCGCUGCUCUGGUUUCCACAGACCGGUCUAAUGCUGAAGCUACACCGGUCACCCUGUUGGAUCAAGAAAUUACCCCUACUACAAGUUCGGCCCCUCCUGAGGGAGCCCCACUUGACCAUAUAUCUAAACCUACAAGUCUUCCUCAAAAAGAUUCCUUGCGCAGCUCGUUAGCCCCUGCCAGGCCUCGGUUCAUCCCACCAGUUCAGAAUGGGACUCUUGCAUCCUCCAAAUUGGUUAAUCAUGACGCACUCCAUCCUGAACAGCUUAAAACUUUGGUUCCCGAUACAUAUCCUUCGCCAGCCACACCCGAUGUGUGUCAGCCCUCAGUAGCGAAAGCUACGGUCCAAACACCGUUUCUUUUCGCAGGCUGUGGCUCUGACCCAGCCUCUCCAACCGCUACUACCCAUGACACCCUGGAUGAAACAUUCGAGUCUUACCAGAGGGAGCCAAUCCCAGUGGAUGCGGCACCAAAGAAGGAGCCAGCGCUAAAGGAAAAGCCGCGGUCUAAGUUCAAGAAGUUUAUGAAUUUGUUUGUGACCGAUUAUCAUUAAGUUUUUAGAGCCAUGGUGCAUGCCCUUUUCACUGACUCUGGUGCUGCGGCCAAUCUAAUCAAACCUCAAUACAACAAUGUUUUAAGUGAAAAAUACAGUCGUGUUAUAGCCUCCCAGAGCUCCUAGUGUGUUUAUGUCUUUUUCUGGGCUUGAGUUAUCCCGUUAUUAGGUAAGGUUCGAUACUUGCCCCCUCAUAUACAUAAUCAAGAAGAGUAAAAAUCGUGGCCGCUUAGACUGCGGGGAGUCGGCACUAGCAAGCCAUCAGUAAAAGGCUGACAAGGGAGAUUUUU